GUAUACUGUAAGCACACGAGCGAAUCGUUGCCUCGAAUUGCCAAUGAGGGUAUUCUUGGAUAGAAUGGUUGGAGUUUCGUAAAUAAUGAACGGCAAGCCGAUAUCCCUUGUUAUGCACUUGCCUGUCUUUGGCGUCUAUCUGUGGGGGGUUCUUGCAACUUCAGGCAGAAACACUGCGCCCUUUCUGUUGGGCUGACAGACGGACGCCCUUCCCGUUACACAAAUUGUCCGCCCAAUGUCUUCGACUUGUCACAGCAAACGCCCUUAAAACCACAUUACUCAAGAUGCAGGAUUUUGUGUAGAAGGGUCUUUUUCCUGCUUCUCCAUAAAAACCCCAAUCGUUCCACCUGGCAAUACUCACUCGUCUUCAUCACCAACAUUUCGACAUCGAACCACUUCCAACUUUCCGUUCACAACCCCGCACGCAAUCAGACAUGGCUGAGAUGAACGACCUCAUCCACGUAACUUUCCGCCGUGCAACCAAAGACGACGCUCCCCAAGUCGCACAACUCGUAGAGGCCGCCUUCCGCGCCGAAGACAGCCGAGCAGAUUGGACAGCCGACAUGGAACUCGGCAGGUCGUUCCGCUACUCAGCCGAUGAGGUUCUCGCCACCAUCAACAACCCGGAUGCAGUAGUUCUCAUGGGUUUUGACUUUCACGGCGUCCUCGCGGCCUCGGUCCAGAUUGUCUUUAAGCGGGUGGCCAAAAUGGCCCGUAUUGCCAUGCUUUCCGUGAAUCCCCAGCUGCAGCGCAGCCGCAUCGGGCGCCAGGCUCUUGGCUCUGCCGAGGAGUACGCUUGGCAGCAUUACGACAUCAAGAGAUUUGGGUUAAAUGCCCUCUCGUCUCGCAGGAAGUUGCUUGCGUGGUAUGAGCGCUGUGGGUACCAGAGGACAGGAGAAACUUCGCCGUUUCCUGUUGAUCGGUUCCCUCGUCUAGAUCUUCCGAAAGAUUUGUGCUUCAUUGAGCUAGAGAAGGAUGCCAUACCUGUUGUGGUUUGAUCAAAGCUUUCCUAGGGAAGUCACAGGAAUGAACCCAAGGUGACGUUGUUUUGGGAUACCUGCAGUAGAAAGGCCUCUAUCGUAAGGCUCUUCGGGAUCUUGAAAUACUAGCAACGACAGACUCAAGAAUGUUAAAUCUUCCUGUUUUAAUCCUCGAGAAAGGGUUCCAGGUGUAAAAACGCCAUUACAUUCUCAGUCUCUCUUCCUACGACCAUCACACCCAGUCCUACUACUCUUACCGGAUGCUUCAUUUGGGCUUGCUUAUUUGUCGAUCGGCAUGAGCAAUCGGGUGGUCAAAAAGCUUCUUUUGGCGAAAUAGG